UCCACCUUCUUCCCCAAGCCCGGCCGCUCGCGCGUGAUCCGGCCGCGCUCCCGCCUCGCCUCACCGCCGGCGGCCAACCCCACACCAGCCCCCGCGAUGUCCUCCUCCGUAUCCGUCGCGGCGGAGUGGGACCUCCUCUCCGACCGCUUCUACCGUCGGCUCACGCUCUACUCCCCUCUCCCCUGGUCCGCCCCGGCAACCACCUCCACCUCCUCCUCCUCCGGCGUCGGCAGUGCCGUGAUCGGCCGCCUCGACCUCUCUACCCACAUCGUCGCCGCGGCGCCCUUCGGCGGUCCGAUCGCCGCCGUCCGCGACGACUCUAAGAUCGUGCAGCUCCACUCCGAGCCCUCCCGGCGCCGCCUCCUCCUCUUCUCCUCCUCGGGCCACCCCAUCGCCUCCGCCCCCUGGCCGCCCAUGCUCCCCCGCCUCCACUCGCUCUCCUUCUCCAGCUCCCUCAGCCUCAUCGCCCUCCUCUCGGAUGGCUCUCUCCUCCGCUUCCGCCUCCCCGAUCUGCAGCCCAGCCCUAGCUCCAGCCCCGUGCCCCUACUCCCGCCGGCCUCUGGCGGCGUCGCCGACGCUGUAUUCUGGGGCGGCGGUGUAGCCAUCCUCACAGAGGACAACCGCGUUGUGGUGGCCACGGACAUCGAAGCUGCUGACCCUCACCCCCGUGACCUCGCCGACCCAGGCGUUGGUGAUGAGGAGCAUGUUCUAUGCAUGGCAGUGGUGGAGCCGCAGUUUGUCAUGUCAGGGAGCCCAGAGGUGCUGCUUGCGGUUGGUGACCGGGUGAUCGCGGUAGAUGAGGAUGGCGUGCAGGUGCUCGGGGAGGAGCUUGAAAUUGGACCCGUGCAGAAGAUGGCAGUGUCACCCAACGGGAAGCUUCUUGCAGCAUUUGCACAUGAUGGGCGCCUGCUCGUAAUCCCCACUGAUUUCUCCAGGAUCAUAUUCGAGUAUGAGUGCGAUUCAGCAUUGCCACCGGAACAAAUAGCUUGGUGUGGACUGGACAGUGUACUCCUCUACUGGCCUGAAGUGCUUUUGAUGGUCGGUCCGAAUGGAGACCCUGUGCAAUACAAUUAUGAUGAACCCAUAAAACUCAUUCCUGAGUGCGAUGGUGUAAGAAUCCUAUCAAACUCAAGUAUGGAAUUUCUACAUCGAGUCCCGGACUGUACUACAUUAAUUUUCGGCAUUGGAAGCAUGUCCCCAGCAGCAUUAUUGUAUGAUGCUCGAGAUCACUAUGACAGGCAAAGUGCUAAGGCUUAUGACAACUAUCAGCUAAUAUCAUCUUCAUUGCCUGAGGCAAUUGAGGCUUGCAUUGAUGCUGCUGGCCACGAGUUUGAUGUUUCACGCCAACGCACAUUGCUAAGAGCUGCUACUUAUGGCCUAGCUUUCUGCAGUCGAUUUCCACAUGAACGCUUUCAAGAAAUGUGCAAAAUGUUGCGAGUUCUAAAUGCCGUUCGUGAUCCUGAGAUUGGGAUGCCACUGACCAUUCAGCAGUACAAGUUGCUUACUGCACCAGUGCUCAUUGGGCGUCUCAUUAAUGCUAAUCAGCACCUUUUGGCACUUCGCAUUUCUGAGUACCUUAAUCUGAACCCGGAGGUUGUGAUAAUGCAUUGGGCAUGUGAGAAGAUUACAGCAUCAGCAACUCUUCCAGAUACAGUCCUUCUUGAGGGUUUACUUGAUAAGCUCAGGUUAUGUAAAGGGAUAUCAUAUGCUGCAGUGGCAGCUCAUGCAGAUAACUGUGGCCGGCGAAGGUUGGCUGCAAUGCUUGUUGAUCAUGAAUCACAAUCCUCAAAGCAGAUUCCCAUGUUACUAAGCAUUGAUGAGCAAGACAAGGCAUUAUCAAAGGCAAUCGAAAGCGGUGAUACUGAUCUUGUGUACCUUGUGCUAUUCCAUAUCUGGCAGAAUGUAGCUGUAGAGAAGAAAGCUCCUUUGGAUUUUUUCGGUGUAAUUAAUGCGAGGCCUGUGGCUAGAGAUUUGUUUAUGGCAUAUGCAAGACAUUCUAAGCAUGAAGAUUUGAAGGACUUCUUUUUAUCGACUGGGAGACUUCAAGAUGCCGCCUUUCUUUUGUUGAAGGAAUCGAGGGAAUUGGAGAAGAAUCCCAUGGCAAGCAAGGGAUCUCCUCUCCAUGGUCCGCAAGUGAGGCUCAUUGAGCAGGCCCAUAGACUUUUUGCUGAGACCAAGGAACAUGUUUUUGAAUCCAAAGCUUCUGAAGAGCAUGCCAAAUUGCUAAGAUCACAGCAUGAACUUGAAGUUUCCACAAAGCAGGCGAUAUUUGUGGGUUCUAGUGUUAGUGAUACAAUAAAAACCUGUAUUGCAAUGGGAAAUGAGCGAGCUGCCCUCAAAGUGAAGUCAGAAUUCAAGGUUCCUGAUAAGAGGUGGUACUGGCUUAAAACAUGUGCUUUAGCUACUGUUGGAAACUGGGAUGCUUUGGAAAAGUUUUCAAGAGAGAAAAGACCACCAGGAGGCUAUAAACCUUUCGUGGAAGCAUGCAUUGACGCUGGUCAAAAAACUGAAGCUCUCAAAUAUAUUCCAAAGCUAACAGAUCCUCGUGAAAGAUCUGAGGCGUAUGCACGGAUGGGCAUGGCAAAGGAAGCUGCAGAUGCAGCCUCGCAAGCUAAAGAUAGUGACGAGCUCUUUGGCCGCCUGAAGAUUACACUUGCACAGAACAGUGCUGCCGCCUCCAUUUUCGAUACAUUGCGGGAUCGGCUUUCCUUUCAAGGAGCAUAUUGAGCAUUUGAGCUAUUGUGAUCGUGUUGUAGGCCCAGGCUGUGCACCCUGAUGUUUUAAAAAGGUCGAGCCUUUUGUUUAUCCAUUUAUUUUCGCUUUGUUUUGUUUACUUGUGUAUGAAGAAUUAACCCCAGUGCUAAUACAUGUGUAUAGAGAUUGCAUAACAGAAAUUCCCCACAGCGAGAGCACGUGUAGAUCACAGUUUGGGAUCUUGGAGUGGGGAAGUGUGCAAUAGUCAUGAUUGUUUUAUUAUCAA